UUUGUCUGACUAGUGUGUUGAUUAUAAAACAAAGUACAUUUUCUUUCUGUUUGAGGUUGCAAAUAAGUUUAAUCUGAUUUAUUACAAUUCUCAGAACUCGGUUUAUAGGCGUUAAUCUAAAUGCACACAGCUAGGCUGACAAGAUAAAUUGUGCGUUUUCAUAUUUCAUAAAAGUAGUCGAACUUUUAUACUCUAACUUUCAGAAGUUAUAAUCUAAAAUAAGAUGUAGCAAAGAUAUUCUUGAUUAAGUGUAUACAAUUCUCUAAAUAUUUAAAGAAAUAAAACAGUUUUUACUUUGCAUAUGCAAAUUUAAUUACUAAAUCCCAAGAUGGAAUGAUAAUGUAUUCAUUGCUUGGUCUAACUUAAUCACUGGUUUUCCAUCAUCAGCGAUAAGGAGUAUUUUUAGAAGCUGACUUUUAUCAGUUCUUCAACAUUUCAACAGUUCAGUAGGCUGUUAGAGCUCUCUUUGGAUAGUUAUAAUUGUUACAAAAAUGCGGACCCCGACAUCCUUCCUAGUCUGCUGUUGUAUCUUUUUUAAAGUCCUUGGAUCUUUGGCAUAUUCUGAGGAAAGUGAUCAAUCCAUCUGUGUACUAAGUGAUCCGCCAAAGCAAUGUGGGCAAUUCUGUUCAAGAAAACUCCACCCGAUGCUAAAUUUGAUUCCGGAUACCGUGAUAAAGCUCGAUAAGAUACAAGGUGAGCAGCAAGCCAUACACACCAGACUCCAGGCAGUGCAAUUUUGGCUACAGGUGCAAUGGACAUUAAUCAAGGGAUCGCUGAAGGAGAUCAGCCCAGAAGUUUUCGAGGCGAGACUAAACGAGACUGAAGCACAACUUCUGGCUCUUAACUCCGAUAUUAAGAAAGAAUUUAAGUCGUUUCAGUUAACGAUGGAAGGUCAAUUCAAUGCCAAACUCCUUGAGGUCCAAACAAUGCUGGAUGAUCAGAAAAUAUCUCUCCAAGAAUCCUGCAGGAAUACCAUAAAGCAAAAGGAUUUUGAGGUGAUGUUAAACAGGACGGUGUUAGAACUGGGUUCACAAUUGAAACUCGUUGAUACCGAACUGAAGAGACCUCUUUGGCUUCUUGAAAACAAAGUGGACAGUCAACUUUUGGAAGUGAGUUCUGGGCUGGAAAGGGAAUUUUUGAAAGUGAACACAAAGCUUGAUAAUCAGCAAACAGGCAUUCAAGUAUCCCUGAAAUCGAUUGUCAAAAAAGAAGAAGAGUUCGAAGCAAAACUGCAGCUGCUGCAGUCCAAAAUGGAUGCCCAAGAAAGAGAUUUUCGGAAGAUCCUUGCCAGAAUCGAUUCCAAAAUCAUCCCACCACAAUUCCAACAAAUCGACAAAAGAUUCUUUUACAUUGGAAAUGAAACUAAACUGGAUUGGAGCACGGCAGCAGCCACCUGUCGUAAAAUUGGUGGAUAUCUAGCUUCGAUCAAGGACCAAAAGGAACUGGAUGCCAUUCAACCAAAGCUCGGUUUUAUCACAUACUGGCUCGGAACCAAUGACCAGAAAACAGAAGGACAGUUUAUAUCCGAGGCAUCCGGAAAGAGGCCCUUUUUGAAGUGGAGAUCUGGAGAACCCAAUAAUUAUGGUGGUAAUGAGAACUGCGUUGAUCUAAAUCGCGGAACAAUGAAUGAUGCCAGUUGUUCUAAUAUAGCUUAUUUCAUUUGUCAAGCGGAUAAGGAAAUCUAAAUAUAAGUUUGAAAGGCAUAACGAAAGUUUUCCAAUGAUGGUAUUCAGUUUCCGUAAAAUGUUUCGCAAAGAUAUUUGUCCAAAUUCCUACAAUACACUAGCCCCACUCUAAAGGAUUUCUUUUAGAACUUCUUGUCCCAACUUUCUACUCCAGGUCAUCGUAUCCUUCUACUUAAGACCUUAUCUACCUUUAUCUUCGUUGGUGCACUUCAAAAUAUUAGAAAUUUUUCAAAGGAAUUGAAGGAAAAAAUUAUAAAAAACUUUCUAAUUUGGAUUUUAAUUAUGGCGAAACCAUAAUCCGUAAAUAUAAAAUAUAUUAAAAAAUGUUAA